AUGUUGAGCUCAGUCUGCGUCUCCUCCUUCCGCCGGCGCCAGGGGGCCAGCAAGCAGCAGCCUGCACCGCCGCCGCAGCCUCCCGACACCCCGCCGCCGCCAGCGCCGCCGCUGCAGCAGCAGCAGCAGCCUGCGCAGCCCGGCCCUGCCGCGUCCCCGGCGGGCCCCCCGGCAUCCCACGGGCCCGGGGACCGGCGCGCCGAGCCAUGCCCCGGGCUGCCGGCGGCGGCCAUGGGGAGGCACGGCGGCGGCGGUGGCGACAGCGGCAAGAUCGUGAUCAACGUGGGCGGCGUGCGCCAUGAGACGUACCGCUCGACGCUGCGCACCCUGCCGGGUACGCGUCUGGCCGGUCUGACGGAGCCUGAGGCGGCGGCGCGCUUCGAUUACGACCCCGGCACUGACGAGUUCUUCUUCGACCGGCACCCGGGCGUCUUCGCCUACGUGCUCAACUACUACCGCACGGGCAAGCUGCACUGCCCGGCCGACGUGUGCGGGCCGCUCUUCGAGGAGGAGCUCGGCUUCUGGGGCAUCGACGAGACCGACGUGGAAGCCUGCUGCUGGAUGACCUACCGACAGCACCGCGAUGCUGAGGAAGCACUCGACUCCUUCGAGGCGCCCGACUCUUCGGGCGCCGCCAACGCUGCCAACGCCGGGGGCGCCCACGACGCGGGCCUGGACGACGAGGCGGGCGCGGGCGGCGGUGGCCUGGACGGCGCAGGCGGCGAGCUCAAGCGCCUCUGCUUCCAGGACGCGGGCGGCGGUGCCGGGGGGCCGCCAGGGGGCGCGGGCGGCGCGGGCGGCACGUGGUGGCGCCGCUGGCAGCCUCGAGUGUGGGCGCUCUUCGAAGACCCCUACUCGUCGCGGGCAGCUAGGUAUGUGGCCUUCGCCUCCCUCUUCUUCAUCCUCAUCUCCAUCACCACCUUCUGCCUGGAGACCCACGAGGGCUUCAUCCACAUCAGCAACAAGACGGUGACGCAGGCCUCCCCGAUCCCCGGGGCCCCGCCGGAGAACAUCACCAAUGUGGAGGUGGAGACGGAGCCCUUCCUGACUUACGUGGAGGGUGUGUGCGUGGUCUGGUUCACCUUUGAGUUCCUCAUGCGCAUCACCUUCUGCCCAGACAAGGUGGAGUUUCUCAAGAGCAGCCUCAACAUCAUUGACUGUGUGGCCAUCCUGCCCUUCUAUCUCGAGGUGGGCCUCUCUGGCCUCAGCUCCAAGGCCGCCAAGGACGUGCUGGGCUUCCUGCGGGUCGUCCGUUUUGUGCGCAUCCUGCGCAUCUUCAAGCUCACGCGCCACUUCGUGGGGCUGCGUGUGCUGGGCCACACGCUCCGUGCCAGCACCAACGAGUUCCUGCUGCUCAUCAUCUUCCUGGCGCUGGGUGUGCUCAUCUUCGCCACCAUGAUCUACUAUGCCGAGCGCAUCGGCGCUGACCCGGAUGACAUUCUGGGCUCCAACCACACCUACUUCAAGAACAUCCCCAUCGGCUUCUGGUGGGCCGUGGUCACCAUGACCACCCUGGGCUACGGAGACAUGUACCCCAAGACGUGGUCGGGGAUGCUGGUCGGGGCGCUGUGUGCCCUGGCCGGGGUGCUCACCAUCGCCAUGCCCGUGCCUGUCAUCGUCAACAACUUUGGCAUGUACUAUUCGCUGGCCAUGGCCAAGCAGAAGCUGCCCAAGAAGAAGAAUAAACACAUCCCCCGGCCCCCGCAGCCCGGCUCACCCAACUACUGCAAGCCCGACCCGCCCCCACCGCCCCCACCCCACCCUCACCAUGGCAGUGGUGGUAUCAGCCCCCCGCCACCCAUCACCCCGCCCUCCAUGGGGGUGACUAUGGCUGGGGCCUACCCACCGGGGCCCCACACGCACCCCGGGCUGCUCAGGGGGGGAGCGGGUGGGCUCGGGAUCAUGGGGCUGCCCCCUCUGCCAGCCCCUGGGGAGCCUUGCCCAUUGGCUCAGGAGGAAGUAAUUGAGAUCAACCGAGCAGAUCCCCGUCCCAACGGGGACCCAGCAGCAGCCGCACUCGCGCAUGAGGACUGCCCGGCCAUCGACCAGCCCGCCAUGUCCCCGGAAGACAAGAGCCCCAUCACCCCCGGGAGCCGGGGCCGCUACAGCCGGGACCGAGCCUGCUUCCUCCUCACUGACUAUGCUCCCUCCCCUGACGGCUCCAUCCGGAAAGGUUACGAGAAAUCCCGCAGCCUGAGCAGCAUCGCGGGCCUGAGCGGGGUGUCUCUGCGCCUCGCGCCCCUUGCCACUCCCCCUGGCUCUCCCAGGGCUGCCCGCCGCGCUCCCCCAACCCUGCCCUCCAUCCUCUAGCGCUCCCCUCCCCCCCGUGGGGGGACUCGGGGGUGACAGGGAAGAAGGUCAAAGGAGCUGGGGGUGGGGGGCUGGGGAAAAGGGUUUUUUUAAAAAUCAAAAAGUCAUUAAUAAUAUGCAACGGAGACGACCACGCCAGCAGACA